GCCACCUCCCACGAGUGACAGGAGUCACGUUGCCAUGGCGCUUGGUGACACUUGUCCCCGGGAGGCCAAUAAAGGUGCCCGUUGCCCUCGGUGCAGAGACAACGCCCAGCCCGGCGGGGACAGGAGCUCAUCUCGAGGAGCAGGACCCAGCCGUGCCCGAGCCCUCUGCCCGAAAAUGCUGCGGCCCUCGCAGCCCCUCUCGCUCCUGGUCCUGCUCGUCCUCGCCGCCACCGCCCGGGGACAGACCAGCACCGGCCCAAAGGUGCUGCAGCCUUGGCUCCUGGGCCUCACGGUCGUCGUCGUCUUCCUCUUCGUCGUCUUCGUGGUGCUGAUCAUUAACCGGUUCUGGAGUCUCAGGAAGCGCAGGAAGCAGAGCGACUACCCGGAGACCAAGGGGACUGACAGGAUGGAGCGCUUCAGCCACGACAACCCGGCGGCCGAGGACAGCGACGAGGAGAGCGGCGGCAAGAAGGAAUCCAAUGCCACGCCCCUCUGAGCUCUCCUGGCCCCCACUGCCCACCCCGGGGCGCCGUCGCCGUGCCCUCACCCCGUCCGCGGGU